UCAUCACUCAUUCCGCAAGGGUUUCCACUACUGCGAUGGAUACAGGUAUGUACGUUUAAACCUCCUUGACAACKGCAGCAUGAUAUUCUUUGGGGUGCAACAUGGCUUCUUGUUCUUCGUACAUGAAUGGUAUUGGUAUAAUUCUGCAAGUUUAGGAUUGCUUGCUCCCCCUUUAUUUAUUAUUACAGAGACCCCUUUGUUACUGCCCACCUCAGUAUUCCAUGGAGGAUCCAAAUAACAGAUUCAGCAGUUGUGUUCGAGAUCAUAUACAGAGCUGCAACAGAAAUGAACCGGGAUACUGGGAAGAUGCUUAUGGGUUUUGGGAGUUGGUGAAUACUGACUGGCCCCAAUCUGACUAUGAAAGGAUUGAACCUUUUACUGAAGAUGAAUGUCGAAAUAGCUGCUUGGAUGAUUGUCAGUGUGCAGUUGCCAUUCUCAGAAACCAAUCCUGCUGGAAGAAGAGGCUGCCACUUUCAAAUGGAAGAAUAAGCAGCACUCUCAACAGCAGAGCUUUUCUCAAAGUAAGAAUAGGCAGUCGUCCUGCAAAGAAAGAUGAGAAAGAAAAGACUGUGAUCAUCAUACUGUCACUGCUUUUAGGUAGCUCUGUGUUUGUUAACUUCCUGUCGAUUGGUGUGCCUAGACUGUUUGUUUUCAUAACUCACCCGAACAAACUGAAAAAGGCGAAAAAGGUUAAAUCAGAAAGAGGGGUUGCAGCAGCAACCCUGUGUUCUUUUACUUACAAAGACCUCGAAAAACCUUCGAGUGAAUUCAAGGAAGAGCUGGGCAGGGGACCCUUUGGAAUUGUCUACAAAGGGGUGCUGCAAUUAGGUGGUAGAAAAUUGGUUGCGAUAAAGAGACUAGACAGAGUGGCUCAAGAGCGCGAGAAAGAGUUCAAAACUGAAUUGGGCAUCAUUGGCCAGACCCACCACAAGAAUCUAGUCCAAUUGCUGGGAUUCUGCGAUGAGGGGCAGCAUCGGCUUCUUGUGCAUGAGUUCAUGAGCAAUGGCACUCUAGCAAGCUUCCUUUUCCAAGCUCCAAAGCCUGUUUGGAACCAAAGAACCCAGAUAGCAUUGGGCAUUGCAAGAGGACUGCUGUACUUGCAUGAAGAGUGCAGCACCCAGAUCAUCCAUUGUGAUGUAAAGCCUCAAAACAUACUUUUGGAUGAUUGUUUUACGGCAAAGAUUUCAGAUUUUGGAUUGGCAAAGCUUGUGACGAGUGAUCAGAGUCGAACCCAAACAGUCAUUAGGGGAACCAAAGGGUAUGUGGCACCAGAAUGGUUCAGGAGCAUGCCAGUCACCUCGAAGGUGGAUGUAUAUAGUUUUGGGAUCUUGUUGCUGGAGAUCAUCUGUUGUAGGAAGAAUGUUCCAGUGGAAAUACAGGGAGACAAUUAUGGGGAGAUUCUAACAGAUUUGGCUUACGAUUGCUAUUGUCAAGGAAGGUUAGAUGAUCUGCUUUAGAACGACAUGGAGGCAAUGAAUGACAUGAGUACACUGGAGAGGUUCCUGAGGGUGGCAAUCUGGUGUAUACAGGAAGAGCCAUCUCAAAGGCCAACAAUGAGGAAGGUCACACGGAUGUUAGAAGGAGUUGUUCAAGUCGCGGUGCCUCCAUGCCCUUAUCUCUUAGGCUCAGUUGUUCAAAGUUAAGGCCGUGCUGUAUUUCUGACUUUCACAGUAAA